ACGUGUCACGUGGCGGUCAGGUGACCGCCGGCAGCGUCAUGGCGGCGCGGUGUGGGCUCCCGCUGUGGGCCGUGCUGCUGGUGUGGGCGCUGCGGGGCGCGGCCGGCGGCCCCCCCAGCUUCGUCCUGCUGCUGGCCGACGAUUUGGGCUUCGGUGACCUGGGGAGCUACGGGCACCCCUCCUCCGCCACGCCCAACCUGGACCGGAUGGCGGCCAGAGGGCUGCGCUUCACCGACUUCUACAGCAGCUCUGCGGUGUGCAGCCCCUCCCGGGCUGCUCUCCUGACCGGCCGCUUCCAGAUGCGCUCUGGGAUUUACCCCGGUGUGUUUGACCCUGACUCACGGGGAGGCCUUCAGCUCUCUGAGGUCACCAUUGCGGAGGUGCUGAAGGCCAAGGGCUACGCCACGGCCAUGGUUGGCAAGUGGCACCUCGGCGUGGGCGCUCGUGGCCAAUUCCUGCCCAUCCACCAAGGCUUCGACCACUACCUGGGGGUGCCGUACUCCCAUGAUCAGGGCCCCUGUCAGAAUCUCACCUGCUUCCCACCUAACAUCACAUGUUUUGGGACCUGUGACCAGGGCCUUGUGCCCGUCCCACUGCUCUGGAACCAAAGCAUCGUGCAGCAGCCGGUCUCCUUCCCUGAUCUGGUGCCACUCUACAACAAAUUCUCGCGGGACUUCAUCGCCGACUGUGCCCGGCGAGGUGUGCCCUUCCUGCUCUACUACGCCUCCCAUCAUACCCACUACCCCCAGUUUGCAAGCCAGGAGUAUGCAGGACGGUCACGGCGUGGGCCGUUUGGUGAUGCGCUUUCGGAGUUCGAUGGCUCGGUGGGACAGCUGCUGCAGGCACUGCAGGAGAAUGGUCUCGCCAACACCACCUUCGUGUUUUUCACCUCUGACAACGGCCCUUCUACCAUGCGGAUGGCACGUGGAGGCAGCUCCGGCCUUCUGAAAUGUGGGAAGGGCACAACGUACGAAGGUGGCAUGCGGGAGCCAGCGGUGGCGUAUUGGCCGGGCCGUAUCGCUCCAGGAGUGACUCACGAGCUGGCAAGCACCCUGGACAUCCUGCCAACGCUGACUGCCCUGGCUGGAGCAGCUCUUCCUGACGUUGCCCUGGAUGGUUAUGACCUGAGUCCAGUGCUGUUUGAGUCAGGGAAGAGUCCCCGUCAGACCAUGUUCUUCUACCCUCCAUCCCCUGAUCCACUGCAUGGCCCCUUUGCUGUCCGGCUCGGGAAGUACAAGGCACACUACUUCACACAAGGUUCCUUUCACAGUGAUACAACCCCAGACCAGGCCUGCCACGGGCUGACCCCGCUGACCCAUCACGAGCCCCCGCUGCUCUUUGACCUGGAGUCAGACCCUGCCGAGAACUACAAUUUGGUGCAGAGUGCUGCAGGGCCAGAGGUUUGGCAAGUCCUGAAGGACAUCAAACUGCAGAAGAUGCUUUUUGAGCAGCACAUGGAGUUUGGAGAAAGCCAGAUGAGGAAGGGCAGGGAUCCUGCCCUGGAACCCUGCUGCAAGCCAGACUGCACUCCUAAGCCCUCCUGCUGCCGCUGCUCAUAGCCUCUUGCUGCUCCACCCCCCUCUCCUGAUCCCAAACCCACCAGACCCCCCCGACUAACCACGCGUAGCCUCAGCUACCUCAGAGCUUUGGCUCAGUGACACUGCUGACUGAGGGAGUGCUGGCCCAGUGAGCUGAGGGUUGGGAAGGCCGCCAGCCCUGCUGGGUGUGCAGGUCGCUGUUGGACCUCCAAGCUGUGAUCUGGUAACAGAAGCUCUGAGUGGAUCAGGGAGGGACCAGGAUACAGCAUCAUCAGCAGAGCCAGCACAGCUCCUUUUGAACUUCAGUUACAGUGAAGCACAGGGUAUGCCGAAGUGUCUGGAGAUCCCAACUCAGUGGGAGGUGUGCUGUGCAGCCCUCGUGGGAACAGCUGUGAGUUGCAGCAGCAUCACUGUCCAGGGGAUAGGAACACACCAAGGAGCAGGAUGGGCUGGAUGGUCCUGACAGCUUCAGGGGCAGAGCUUUGUACACCUGGUGCAGAGAGGACAUGCCGAGGUAGGAAGCAGCUCGGGGUAUGCAGCUCCAGCACUUCCCUCUCCUUUGUAACUCCAGAAGGUGGAGAUGUGGCUGACCUGGUGUCAAUGGUUUACGGGCUGGUUCGGCCCAGUUCUGUGACUAAUGGGGCAGGGGGACCCACAGACCCACGCCCCAGAAAAGGGGAAAAGGGGAAAGGGUAGGGAGAUGGGCCUCAAACAAAACAAAACAGC